AAGCAACAGUAGAGGGGCAAUUUCGGAAGCUAAUCCAGCAUAUAUCUCCGCAAAAUCAGAGUCUUCACUGACCUUAAACCCUAGCGCGGACGCCGAGCACCUUCUCCGCCUACAUUUUGGAGCUCUCAGCAGGUUGAAGAAAAAAGCAGGCAAGGCAGCAUGUAUCUUCAAUACUACAUAAACGAGAAUGGCAACAAAGUGUACACCACCAAGAGGGAAUCACCACUUGGGCAUGCUACGCAAUCUGCCCAUCCCGCCCGCUUCUCCCCUGAUGACAAAUAUUCAAGGCAAAGGUAUCUUCUGAAGAAGCGCUUUGGAUUGUUGCCAACCCAGCAGUCACCUCUAAAGUACUGAGUACUUCACAUGUUUUCGCUGCUUUCAUGUCGUUUUUUGAAGUGUCUCGGAGCUUCAAGUUUUACUAGGUGUGUUAUCUGGUUGAAUUCGGUACUGUAACUGAAUGUCUACCACCGGUAUGUAGCGGCACCACAAAUGAUUGUGGACUGGUUAUCCGUUAAGUUUUUCCUGAGUGUCGUAGAUUUCUAUUAAUAUGCGUUGCGAAUUUAGUUUCAGCCUUUAUCUACCCAAGUUAAGGUACUUAUACAACCAUGGAUUUGAAUUGAAUGUAUAUAUGAGCUGAUAUCCGCGCAAAUAUAAUUGGUGUGA